AUGCCCCUCGGCCACCGCGCCCCACGCAGGGGUCCCCCUGGUGCCCCGCCCGCCUCUGCCAUCGUGCACGGCUCUCACCCUGUGAGCUCCGCCGCCGGGUUGUCUCUGCCCAGCAGCUGCCACGGCAGGACCUGGCUGUCGGGCCACGUGGAGGAGACCUGCAGCCGCGGCCAAGGGCGCCGCCUCGAGCCGCAGCCGUGCCCGGGGGUGGCCCCGACGGCCUGCGCCCACGCCUGUGCCCGUGAAAGGCCCACGUGCCCCGCGGGAGGCUCUUCGGCCGAGUUCAGGCGCGGGACUCAGCCCUGCCCCUCAGGGGGCAGCCGACCGGUGGGCCUUGCUGUCCAGAGCCGCUCCCCCGGGACCUGCGUGUCUAAGGACCGCCCGACUCUGGAGUGUGCGCCCCGCCGGGGCCGCCGGGAACCGUCCUCUGCCGCGGGCGAGCCCACCUGCUGUGUGACCGGCGGCUGGUGA